AAAAUGUAUGUUUACAUGGUGCAGUGGUUUGAGAAGGCCAGAAAGCUGUGGGUGGAGGCAGGGUCAUCAAGAAAUGAGAUGUUGAUAAAGCUGGCUGAGGACUUCUUUGAUGCACUGAUGGUUGUUCAUGAAAGUUGUAAAGAAGGUACAUAUGAAGUUACAGAAGCUCUGCUUAGUCACAUUGGCAAACUGGCCUCCGAUGCCCAAAUAAACAUCAUGAUCCAGAAAGAGGCAGCAAGGAAACUCAAUGCUAUUCUGGCAAAGAUUCCCAUGGAGCUGAAAAAGAAGAAGAAGAUCUUGUCAUCUCAAGAGGCCUCGUGUAUGAUGAAUGACGUGGCUAGUCGAAUCCUAAAAGGUGGAGAUUAUGACCUGCAGGUGUCUUUAAUGGAGGCCCUCUGCAGAAUGACUUCACCAGCUCAGAGGAAUGAACUAGCUGACUCCUGGUUUACCAUGACUUUUGUCUCCUCUGCAUUCAAGAAGAUUAAGGAUUCUGAGUUUGAGACUGACUGCAGGAAGUUUCUAAAUAUGGUGAAUGGCAUGCAAGGAGAUGGGAGAAGUGUGUACUCCUACCCUUGCCUGGAGGCAUUUUUAGACAAAUAUGAGUUGCUCAUGCCAGAGGAUGAGAAUCUUGAAGCGUUCUGGAUUGACUUUAACCUAGGAAGUAAAAGCAUCUCUUUUUACUUCUGUGUGACUGAUAAGGAUGCCCAGGAUGGCCAGUGGAACACUCUGUGUAUUGCUGAAAAUGAGGUCCACAGUUACACAGUAGAAGAGGAGAGUGGAAGAAAGACUCUUCAUCUGAUUCUGACUGAGCCUGUCAGCAUCAACAGCUUAGAGGGCUCCAGAGUCUGCAUCAAAUUCAGCUCUUCUCUAGACAUCCUGCGAGCCACUGAGAAUGUUUAUGGUCAGGCUAAAAACAGGACGUCUGUUAGGAAGACCUCUAUUGCAAAAACACCUGUUCACGUCAAUCUCAGUUCACAGGAAAGUUCACAGGUUUUUGUUGCUGAAAGUCAAGUGUCCCCCUCUCUGCAUGUAGAGGGAAGAGCAUCAUCAACAGUGAGGCCCUGCCAGUCUCUCACACAUCAAACACCAGAUACAAUCACCCAACAGAUGGUAACCCCUAUACAGAUGAAGGUAUCCGUGGGGUGUCAACAGGGAAGCUGUUCCUCCAGCUUUGUGCUGCCUUCAGUGUCGAAGAUAAUGGUGAAACCAGCUCUUCAGAUGAUGAGCUCUUCAGAGAGGAAAAAGGAAAUUGAGCUUAGGGACCUCAUGAUGUCCAAAACAUCUUGCAAUGUGUCUUCUCUUAGUUUUCACCGUGAGAACAACCAAAAGAAGGCCCAUGUUAUUCAAGCACAGUCAACCCCUGCUGCCCAGAAUGAGGACCACAGAGUAAAGGCUAAAGCAAUGAAGUACCGCAAGAAUAUUUCUGUAGACAAAGUAGUAGAGAUGGUGCAAGCUGACAAAGAACAUGAAGAGAACACUUUUGAUAACAGCAUAGUCCCAGACUCCCAACCUGUGAGAAAGGGUAGCUCAUUUUCACCAGGUCUCUGGAGCUUGAACUCCAGCAAAAGGAGAAUUUCUGUAUCUGGAUCACUGCUGGCUCUGCAAAAAGAUUGCUCUAAAAAUGGCUUUUUAUCAGAUGGUAGUUCUCAUCCCCCUCCUCAGCGUCUGUCCCCGGCACAGUGUGCAUCUAGUACCCUGACCCAGAAUCAGCUGCACACCCAGCUCACUCAGAGAUUGGAGGAAGUGCUGAGGGAGCAGCAGGGUACAGAUGGCUAUGCAGCCCAGACAGCCCCACAGAAGAGAGGCUCCUCACUGGAGCCCAAGACUACAGCUCAGGAGAAAGAGGAAGUGGAGAAAUCAGUGAGGUCUAUGCCUGCCAGACCUACACAACAGAGAAGGAAGAGUAGCAAAGUUCAGGGUGAUGCAUCAGACCGUGAGAAUAUGGCACAUGCAUCAGCGAGUAUGGUGAAGAUGAUAUCCAGUCAUUAUAAGAGAAACGCCAAAGCAGCAUCCCCUGAGCCUGGGCCCCAGGUUAACAUUGCAUCUACAAACAGAUAUCUGUUCAAUAAGAGCUGCCAUCCUUCCUCCACUGAGAAAACUGCCUCCAAGAGUUCAAGCUUGCACAAAUCCAAGAGGCCAUUCCAGAAGCUUGAGGAUAUUUAUACAUUUACAGAGGUCACACCAAAAAUCAGUGUGAGAAAGAAAUCCUCUGAUGAUUCCAGAGUGGAAAGCAGUGCAACAAGUAAUUCUCUGACUCUCUCCAAGUCUGCUAGGAGACCUCAGCUUCCAAAGGCUGCUAUGACAAAUGUGAAGAAAAACCUGUUCAGCGAUACAGACACAGACAAUAUGACAGAGAUUAGCUGGUUAAGCUCUGCCAACAGGAAACCCAAACCCAAAGUAGCAGACUACAGCAGGCAGCCAGUUAAACCCACCUUUCCAUCAGCUGACGCUGCAUUUAAAUCGCCAUAUACACCUUUGCCUUCGCCAAAGCCUGUGAAAGAACAAAUCAAGCCAAAGCGGAAGAGGCAGAAGAAAGUGGCCGAACAGGAGGAUAAACGGCAGCCAAGCAUCAAUAAUAAGAAAACCACAGGACGACCUCAAAGAGUGGCAGCCUUGACCAAAACCUACAGAGAGCCGUCUGACUCGGAUGACCAGUCCAGCCUGUCAGAGAACGAAAAAGCACCACCCCCUAAGAAAAAGGCAGUUGGCCGACCAGCAACGUUUCAGCAGACUGUCCCAGCUCGAGCCGCAGGACGAGAACAAAGAAGAGAGAAAACAUCUGUAGAUGUUGCCAGACGACAAAGUGAGAAGAAUGUACUGAAAAAUGCAGAUAAAGCCUUCGCAAAGAUUCAACAAGAUCAGAGGAAUGAUAAUGGCAAGAAGAUGUCUAGUCCAGAGCAUCUCACAGUGAAGAAGACCUCGUCUGCUCAGGGGUCAGCCAGAAGACAGAAACAAUCUUGGGCUUCAAGAUUAUCUUCCACAUUUGCCUCGCCUCCCUCCAUUGAGAAGAUGAGAUCACAUGAAAAACUAACAACCAACUUGAGAUCCAAUACUACACCUUUCCGUUCUCUGUCUAUUUCUCCAAUCGAAGCCGACUCUCCUCCACUAGAGCCUCUCAGUCCUCUCAAAAAAAUCCAAGCAUCCUCACUCUGUAAAACAUCAGGGAAUAAAGGUGCUGUGAAGCCUCCUUCUCUCUCCAUAACACCUGUUUCCACAACCUUCAGAAGCUGUAAGCUGAAUCCAACUGCUGCUCAGAUUGAGCUGAGUCCAGUCCACUCAUUACUGACCCAAACUCAGCCCCUCAUCAUCAGGGAGAAAUGCACCCUGCCCUCUCCAGACCUCCAGGAGGAGAAAAGGGAUGACAUGAACAGAACCAGCCCGGCAUCUUUUGAAAGGAGGUCUGUCAUUUCUGUGACAAUGAGCCAAUCUUCUCACAUAUCUGUGAGCAACAUGGCCAUGAUGUGCGCUGAGCUGGAGAAAACACCAAGGACGCAAGGAAGUAAGGCUGAGAGACCAGAAUUUAAGUCAGGUCCAACAGUCAUGCACAAGCAUGUCAUCCCGUGCCAGUCCGCUGCUCUGUCAGAGGGAGAUGAGGACAGUGAGGAGGACAAAGAGAAUAAGGCUCCCUCUCCCUCUCAGCUAGCUCUGAAAAUGAAGCCCAGACAGCUGUUCGUGCCUACUGAUAAAUACUGGACUCCUAGUAAGGGCCCCAACAUUAAACUGUUGGUGAAGGAUCAGAGCAGCUCAGAGGAAGAAGAUGAGGACAUAGUCGCAGAGAAUGGAAGAAGAAAGAAAAGUUACCAGAGAGGCCUGAAUAAAAGGGCCAAGGAAACAACAUUCUCCACUGAGGAAGUGGAGACACUGUCAUCUUGUACGAGAUCCAGUUGCCGGCAUGCUAGUGUGGAGGCAGAAAUAGACCUGACCCAGCCUGCUCAGGAGGUGGGCUUUAUCUGCCAUCAGUUCAGCUCAGAUCUUAAGAGGAAGCUCAAGAAUCGCUGCAGGACGAUGGAUCUUUACACCAAACAGUCUUUAAAGACCUUACAGCAGCACAUGUCCUCUGUCAGUGUCCAAGUACACCAGUACAGUUCUCAGAGGCUGGAGAAAGUUAAACAAGUCCUGUUGGGCGAAAUAGAAGACAUGGAGCAAGAUGACACUGUUUUGAGAAGCAUGGAGGAGGAACUGACGACUUACUGGGAAAAGCAGACCUUGGCCUUCCACACAUACAGAGAGAAAGGAACCAAGAGACUACAGCGCUUAAAAAGCACAAUUCAGACUGACGUGUGUGAUUGUCUAGAGUAUGAGGAACAAAUCUUCUCUUUGGAGGUGUCUAUGAUGAAGAAAAACAUGAAGUCAGUUCAGGAGCGUUUCUUCAAAGAAAUGCAAGAAGAAGAUUUGACGAGUGUGCGCAGAGGACUACAGUCCUUGUUCUUCCCAGAUGCAUCCAGGUUCUAACCUGAGAAAAAAAUACACUUUUUUGAAAUAAGCUAUUCUUAAUAUAUGUUUGUUUGCUUUAAUGUUAUUAAUGUUAUGUUCUUUUAAAAUAAUACUACUCAAAAGCUUGGAUAUUUAUACUUUAUGCCGUUUAUUCUGGUCUCCUUGAAAAAAAAUGGUUGGCUGUACAUGGUUUUUGCGCACGUAUUUGCUUGUGAUUUUUAAUAUGAAUAAUGAAUAGUUGUGAAAAGCCUCUCUAAAAGUAAGUAAAUGUUAUAGGUAAUGUAAGAACUAAUGCAUUUAUUUGUAACAUCGCACCUCAUAAUAAUCACCUUCAGAUUUAUGUGCACAGAAAUUAAAAAGUGGAUGCUGGAUUCUGAAACCAUCUUAAGUUAACAUUUAAGCAUUCUUUAGCAAGGACUGAAUAAGCAAACCUCAUGGGUUCAAUUUAUGGGAGAUGUUGAAAAAUAAAGACUGACAACGUUACUGAAA